AUGACAGCUCAUUUCCUCCACAGACUGGUGGUGGACCUCAGCCUGGUGGAACACAGAUUACCCAGACAAUUACUGCUAUCCAACUACUACUCCAACUACAGCUCCAACUACAACUACAACUCCAGUAUUUUCAGCCGCAGAUUACUGCUCUCCAACAACAACAACACCAGGUACAACUGUGGCUAUGACAGUGGCAGCUGCUCUUGCAGAAGCUCAUGUGAACGCUAUGGAAACUGCUGCCAUGACUACUAUGAUUACUGCUAUCAAACCACUGACUAUCCAGAAGUUCACACAACAGGUCCAGAAUGUGGUGGAGAUCUGAGUGGUUCUGGAACUUUCUCCAGUCCCUACCAUCCAAGCUAUUACCAUGACAACGCCUACUGUGUGUGGAGGCUGUCUGCUCCCUCUGGCCAGAGGAUUCUGCUGACUUUUACAGAACUAGAGUUGGAGCGCUGCUGUAGCUGUGAUUACGUCACUGUCCACGACGGCCCGUCCACAGGCUACAGUCAGCUGGGGAAACUCUGCCACAACUCCUCCCAGGCUGCCUUCCACUCCUCCUCCAACCACCUGACUGUGCUCUUCAGAAGUGACAACUCUGGAGUCAGUCGUGGCUUCCAGGCCGAGUUCAUCAGCUCCCUGUCCACUGAUAACGGUCGGGUUCAGUGUUCAGGCGACAACAUGAAUAUUGUCAUCUCGAGAGCUUUCCUGGGUUCUCAGGGAUAUGACAAUGCCAAUGACCUGUUCGUCAAUGAUGAACACUGUAGACCAUCCAUCACCAGCUACCAAGUCAUCUUCAACUUGCCCCUCAACCGCUGUGGAACUGUCAGAGAGUUCAAAGGUGGUCGGGUGAUCUACCACAAUGCGGUGCGGGCGUACCGAACCAACACCGGGGAAAUCACACACCAGUCAACAUUCAAGCUGUCUGCCGUCUGCCACAUGGAUUCAGACACUGUGUCACAGAUAAUAUACAUUGCCAGAGAGAGAGAAGAUUUUAACAUCACUGGAACAGGGCGGUUCAACACCACUAUGGCUUUCUACACUUCGUCCAACUUCUAUCAGCAAAUCUAUGACAAUCCCUAUGUAGUUGAUCUGAAUGAUAAGCUGUAUGUCAAGGUGAGCUUGAGGAGGCCUGACAGCAGUCUUGUCCUCUUCUUGGAUACCUGCGUGGCCUCCCCAAAUCCACACGACUAUGCCGAUCACCGCUCCUAUGACAUCGUGGUGAAUGGGUGUCCCAGGGAUGACUCAUACCGUGUCCACACAACUGGCACUCAGCCUUACGCAACCUUCGAAAUCCGUGCCUUCAAGUUCCUGCGGACCCAUGAUACCGUGUACUUGCAGUGCAAGGUCCUCAUCUGCCCUGCCAAUGACUACAACUCCCGCUGUCGCCAGGGCUGCCAGCGGCGCAAGGCUCGAAGCCUGGCCUCCCCUGGACACCACACUGACACCCUGGUCCUGGGACCCAUCAAGCUCAGAGAUCCUGAGAAGCCGGUGGCGAAGCAGCUGGAGGACUUGGUGGCAAAGGCAGACGCCUGAAGAACCCACUGAUGAUGUCAUCAGCCCAAACUAAUCAGUCAUCUCUUUUCCUCCUCAACUAUCUACCAAUCAUGUCUGCCACAGAGGCACUCUAUGGCACUCUACACAUACAAAUAGGUAUCCAUUUUUACAAACAUUCGCGCUGUGAGGAGGGGCAAGAAGCUAAACAGCCAACCACAUUUGCAUUUUUUUGAGUGACAACAAUCAGAGGUUGAAGAGUGCAUAGCCAGGGGCGCGCAGCCAGAGAUUGUUUACAAAUGGGAAACCCAUGUAUGAUGAAAUGAUUAUAUUGCUCUUUUUUCCUUCUAUGUACUUUAAAAUGAUUAUUAAAGCAUUCCAAA